CCUGCGCGCUUCCCUCCUCGCUAGAUGGUGUGUGAGCCACCCGAGACUAGACGCGUUCCGGACUCGGCCAAAAGAAACCAGGCGAGGCAGAACUCUGCCAGUGCCUUGGCUGCCUGGCUGGAGGGAAGACCCGUCACGAGUACCAGGGGCUGGGGACUGAGAGGAGCUGGAAGCUGAGAGAGAGCAGCCGCGAGCAGGGAUGGACAUGAUGCUGUUGGUGCAAGGUGCUUGUUGCUCAAACCAGUGGCUGGCUGCUGUGCUCCUCAGCGUGUGCUGCUUGUUGCCCUCCUGCCUCCCAGCUGGGCAGAGUAUGGACUUCCCUGGGGCAGCUGUGGACAACCUGGUGGUCAGAAAAGGGGACACGGCUGUGCUUAGGUGUUAUUUGGAAGAUGGAGCUUCAAAAGGUGCCUGGCUGAACCGGUCAAGUAUUAUUUUUGCAGGAGGUGAUAAAUGGUCAGUAGAUCCUCGAGUUUCAAUUGCAACAGCAAAUAAAAGGGAAUACAGCCUACAGAUACAGGAUGUAGAUGUGACAGAUGACGGUCCAUACACUUGUUCUGUGCAGACCCAACACACUCCGAGAACAAUGCAGGUGCACUUAACUGUACAAGUUUCUCCGAAGAUAUCUCGUAUUUCAACUGACAUUGUUGUGAAUGAAGGAAGCAAUGUUACACUUACUUGCUUGGCCACUGGGAAACCAGAGCCUUCCAUUUCUUGGAGACACAUCUCUCCAUCAGCAAAACCAUUUGAAAAUGGACAAUAUCUGGACAUCUAUGGAAUUACAAGAGACCAGGCUGGGGAAUAUGAAUGCAGUGCAGAAAAUGAUGCCUCAGUCCCAGACGUGAAAAAAGUGAAAGUCACAGUAAACUUCGCCCCCACAAUUCAGGAACUUAAAUCCAGUGGUGUGAUGCUAGGAGGUAAUGGAUUGAUAAGAUGUGAAAGUGCAGGAGUUCCUGCUCCAGUCUUUGAGUGGUACAAAGGAGAGAGAAAACUGAUCAAUGGUAAACAUGGAAUUACUAUUAAAAACUAUAGUACAAGAUCACUUCUCACUGUCACCAAUGUAACAGAGGAGCAUUUCGGCAACUACACAUGUGUCGCUGCCAACAAGCUGGGGGUGACCAAUGCCAGCCUGCCUCUCAACCCUCCAAGUACAGCCCAGUAUGGGAUUACCGGUGGUGCUGAAGUUCUGUUCUCCUGCUGGUACCUUGUGUUGACACUAUCCUCUUUCACCAGCAUAUUCUACCUGAAGAACAUCAUUCUACAAUAAAUAUAAAGAACCAUGAAAGGCUUUUAAGGAUUCUCUGAAAGUGCUGAUGACUGGAGCCAAUCUGGUAGAGUUUGUUAAAAGCAGCGUGGGAUAUAAUCAGCAGUGCUUACAUGGGGAUGAUCGCCUUCUGUAGAAUUGCUCAUUAUGUAAAUACUUUAAUUCUACUCCUUUUUUUGAUUAGCUGCAUUACCUUGUGAAGCAGUACACAUUGUCCUUUUUUAAGACGUGAAAGCUCUGAAAUUACUUUUAGAGGAUAUUAAUUGUGAUUUCAUGUUUGUAAUCUACAAGUUUUCAAAAGCAUUCAGUCAUGGUCUGCUGGGUUGCAGACUGUAGUUUACAAAAAAAAAAUAUUGCAGUGAAAAUGUGAUUCUUUAAGGCUGCAAUACAAGUAUUCAGUUCCCUCUUUAAAUAUGAUUCUAUCCACAUUUAUUCAGAAGUCUUUUUAUUUUAAAAAAUCAAAUAAUAUUGCCUUCAAAACAUUUCUUCAAAAUAUAACACAUAUCUAGAUUUUCUUCUAGCAUGAUAUUCAGGUUUCAAGAAUGAGCCUUGUAAUAUGACUGCAUAAAGCGGUUCUGCUUCCCCACCCCGCCCUGUAAAUUCAGCAUGGGUGUGCCUUCAUAAAAUACUACUUUUCUCUUCCUCUCCAACAAUUCUGAAAUGUGUACUGGUAAAUGACAACAUGUAAAUUCAAGCGUACCUAAUCUCCAGUUGAGGACAAAGAUGCUAUUGGCUAAAAAGAAUACCUUCUCUUCCACCUCCAGUGGGGUAAUGGAACUGCUCCAAACUCUGCCCACAACAAUUAGACUACAUGGUAUUUUUUUAACCAGUCAAUCAAAAAUAGCACAGGUAUAUUUCCCUUAUUUUUUCCCUCUAGUGUAGUUAAUUUGUAGAUUUUGUUUGUGAAACAAGUUUUCCCGGUAUAAAAUACAGCACAACUCUCUUAAGAGACUUCUUGUGAAUGUAGCACUUUUCUCUUUCAUUGCUCUAAGUCAGAACUCUUAAAAGGCUGUAUAUGUGAGAUGGUGACAGUCCCUUUUUUAUUAUUGGCCAGUACUACAUGAAUUGAUAUUCUUGCACUGGAGUUGUACUGAUCAGCUAACUUAGCAAUGAUACUUUCAUUGCAAAUGUUUUUAAAUCUCAGAUAGCUGAGAACAUAGGAAGCAUUGAACAUACAUUUAAUAUAGAUAUAUUUAAAAACAAGUGGCUCCAAUAACUAUAUUUUGGUGCACUUUACAAAUGGCGUCACAUUGCAUCUUAAUUGCCAGAAUUUCAUUAAUGCACUGCUAAGAUGUAUUAAUAUCUUACCGUAACAAUUAAUUUCACCUUUCAUAAAUGACUCUUGAAGUCCCCACAGAUUGCAUUGAGUUCAAGAGAAGUUUUGUCUGAGUAACGGAUUGGAUCCUAAAAUAGCAUAUUUUAUUUCUAUGGAUAUAAUAGAGUUGUUGUUUUUUUUUUUAAACAGCCUCUAAUUUUGCUCCCAAAUUAUUGUACAGUCAUGCUGUAAAUUAAUUGUGAGCACUAAGUUGCACUUGCAAAACUGGAGGCUGAAGCAAGGUCCCUUUAAAAAUUUGACUCAUUAUGAAAGUUGACCAUAUAUGGUCCAGGCCAUCACCCGUUGUAGUCAGUACAUAGAUACCCACCCACUUCAAUGGAAUUAGAUUGGGCCCAUAUAGAAAGAGCCACUGGUGAUAAGAAUUUCUAAUUAAAACAUUAAUUACAAUAUAAAAUUAUCCAGUCACUUGUUCAAUAUAUAAAACCACAGUAAAUAAUAACAAGACUGCUGCCGUGUGAAAGUUGGAGUUAUUUAUAUCAAAAGAAGAUUGUCACUGAACACCAUAUUGCUAAUUUGGCUACAUUUUUAGUAUCACUGCCACAGAAAUUUCACUCAGACACACUCCUACUCAGUCAUUUUUUGCUACUGUGUUAAGCUCCGUAACUAGCUAGCUGGGUACUGUACAUAUUCAGCACUUUCAAGUUCAUUUUGCAAAUAUCCUAUUUUUUAAAACUCAAAUUAUGAAUUUCUUUAGUACCUUGAUCAACUGCCCCAUUACUAAUAUAUAAACAAAAUACGCAGCAAAUAUGUUGUAAUUACUAAAUGACACUUAGAUAAGGAGCAUAAAAACAAUACACUGACUCCGUAACAGGGCAAUAAAAUGUAUUGAAUCACGCUGUUUGUGUUCAGUAACAGAUUAGAAUAUUUCUAUUAUUCUCUUAAACUUGUGUGUUAAGCAGGUUCUAUUUUCAUAAAUAUGGCAUUUUUUUAAAACCUUGAAUAACAUGAUGACAUUUUAUUAGCUGAGGAAGCAGUGUAUAAAACAGUACGAACCAUCUUGUACACUAUCCUGACAUUCUGAUCACUCUUGUAUUGCAGCUUUAAAGUGCUAAGCUCUAGAAUCCAUUCAAUAGAAAAAAUGGUGCUGCAGAAAGUAUUACAUGUGAGUACAGUUUUACGAAGAAAGAAACAGAUCAAGGAGAUGUAUAACUCAGAUGCCUCUUCUCACAUGAAUUAGGAAUUGUUUCUAUACUGUAGCUGGACCAAAUUCUAUAUUUAGGCUAAUUGUUUUUUUUUUUUCAUGAUUACUGACACAUGGAAUGUGAGGAUUCUGGCAGCAGAAUAGAUUAUGGAAACAUUUUUAUUAAAUAUGAAAAAAAAUUAAGUAUUUACUUUUUUGCAUCAUGAGAAUAUUCUUGCCAAUAAAGCCACUGGAAAACAUAGGCCAAAUUUUCAACCUAGCCUCUGAAUUUGCACUUGCAAUUUUUGUGAGACAGUUUGUAGCAUGCAAAAAUCCAUGUUUGUGGGCGCAACAUUUGCUUCUGCAAACUAGGUACCUAAACAUCUAUCGGCUCUGCAUGUUCGAAAGUGAUAGUUUGUGUGUGCAAAUUUAAGAGACCAAUCCUGUGCAUAAGUACUGGGGCCACUCACAUUAACACUAUGUCGGUCAUUAAAUGUUCGUAGGAUUGGUCUCUCACAGGGUGUUUAUGAACAUCUGACCAUCUAAGGCUCCAAUUGUGCAAAGAGUUAUGCAUAUGCAUAACUUCAUGCACUGAGUAAUCCCAAAGAAACUACUCACAAUACAUAAAGUUAAGCACAUUCGUAAGUUUUUGCAGGGUUGGGGCCCAACUCAAUAUUGGUCAAAUAAAGUUACUUGCGUCUUAGGUUAAUCUGUUCCAUAUGGUAACCUGAUAAUUGUACAGUUUGGGACUUAUUGGGACAUUCUUUCAACAUGGACAGUGCGGACUGUUGCAAAUUAAAUACAGUAGCAUUUUACAAAAUUGAUCUUUUAAUCUCUGGUGUAUAUUUGCCUUCUAGCUGAUACUUUCAUGAUCUGCUCGUCCAAUUGAUACCCCUUACUACUGUUCAGACUUUUUAAUCAAUUAUUAUUAUAUUUAUCCCACCAUGAAAAAAUAUAGAAAAUAAAUGGAUUUGCUCCAAGCAGUACAACAUUUCUUAUGCUAAAACUGUUGUCCCGCACUUGAAUUACUAAAGUUUGUAAUUCCAUAAGUUCCUGAAUGUGCAAUGACUCAGGUCUAUUAACUACCAUUGCAUUGAUGACAUAUAUGGGCAAUGGUGCUGUAAUUAUAGUGUUGCUGAUCAUGAUUCUUUACUAAUAUUGAAUUUAAGGAUGUCUCAGAAUUUCUAAUACAAACAGUUUCUCAAGGGUUUAUAACUUGGCAGGAAAAUGUAUUCUUCAUAACUAGACAGCUUUUUUAACUUUUCUAUAUAUAUUUAGAAAAUAUGCUGUUUCUAAGAGACAGGAGUAUUGAAGACAUUACCAGUGAAAGCUGCUCUUUUGCACAUUUUCAGAGUUAGCACUCUAGCAAAAUAAUGGUAAACGUUAUGCCUACCAAAAUAUCUGCUUACCCCACAUAACUGUGUAUUAAUGAGUGUGUAUACCAAAAUAUGUAUUUACCUGGAAAAACAAUAUGCCUUAAAACCUAAAUAUGCAUUUACUUCUAAGACUGGAUCUUGCUCUUCCAGUUUGGAGGUAAAUAAUCCAUAUUUCACAAUCUGCCAUGGAAUAUUUUGUUUCUUAAAAAACAAAACAUGCUCAGUUCUUUUUAAAAAAGUAUUAAACAAUUUUAAAGUUCUUGCACAAACUAACAUAUGUGAGGAAAGGAAAAGUUAGGAUGAAACUCUAUCCUGACACUCUGACCUUCUGAAUUGCAGACAAAUCAACUUGUUCUCAGCAAUUUUUGAACUGAGAAAAUGACAAGGAGUUUGGUGGUUGCCACUGAAACUUUUAUAUUUGCAAGUAAAUAUUACAGAAUUCCCUAUACUUACUAAAGGAAAUGCUGUGAAUAGGGUGGUAGGGUACGUAAAUGCAAGGGCAUAUGUAAAGAUUUUUAUAAGUAUCACUGUAUGCUCAUUUUGAAUUUUUCUUCUCUCUCUCCCUCUCACAGGAGCCCCCUUCAGCUAGCCCUAUUUCCCUGUUCUUCCCCAACACAGUAACAUUUCUUCCACCUCCCAAGCCUUCUGGGAUAGAGUACAUCCUAUUCUCUUUCUGCCUUCUUGCUCAGUUCCAUCCCCUACUCUCUCAAAUACACACUGAUCACUUCCUUCUGAUUGCUGGCCUGAGAGUUAGGUCAAGAAAAAAUAGCUGGGGACAUAAAUUCUUCCAGGAGUUUCUGGCAAUUGUGAGGAAAGAUAGUCAUACCAGGAGUGCAGCCAGGCAUAAGGAAGGUGUCUGGCUGUAGGGAGAUAAGGCAGGACUAUACUUACUGUUUGCAGAAGUCCCAGCUAGCCCUGCUUCCCAGCUUCUGGAAGCCUUCACUCAUUCACAGCAUUGUACCAUCUUUGACAGUGGCUUUCCAAAAUCCUUAGGACCACAUGCAGCUUACACUGGCCUAAGUGCAUGAAUAUGUGAGAGCAGAAUUUAAACUUUAGAAAACAGUUUGUCCUGAAACCCUUAGAGAACUGAUUAAUUAACUCAUCAUAUUGUUGUACCUAGUACUGAGCCUACUGUAGGUAUUAUAACGGCCUCAGAACAGGGCACAGUGUUAAAUACAGUACCACAUUUCCUAAAGGCCUAUGCAGCAAAAAGCACCAGCUUAGCUGCUGACCUAAAGAAGCUCUCCAGGCCUCAUUAAAGCUGCUUUCUGUUCUGAGGGAGAACUCCCUCCCAGAUAACAGCCUCAUGAUGCUAAGUGAGGUAAUAUGCAAUCAGCUGACUUAGCCCUUCUAUCUCCAUUCAUGUGGCAUUCAGAGGGGUUGAAAAUGUACUGAGCAUGCUCAGUGCAUCCUCAGAUGUCCUUAUAUCAGAUGGACAUUCCCUUUGUUGAUGGACAUUGAGCCUGCUGGGGAAGAUCUGUAGAGAGGAAGUGUGGUCUGAUGGCAGUAGAUCAACGGGACUGAAUUCUGACAACUGGAGCAAGCACAUUGCCUACAGAUUACUUCUUUCCCCCAUAAUAAAAUAGUGCCCGGGAGGGAGGGAUGACAGGACCUCCCAAACUACCCCACACCAGCAUCUGGGGUAGGAGGAGAUAUGGCUCAUGUUGCAAAGAGAAAUAUUUUAAUUAUUCAAAAAAAUGGUUCUUAGGCCAGAGCUGGCUUCUCUCAGUCUUUUGUGAGGCUGCACAAUGUUCUAGGAUGGUUGUAAUUUCCUGAGACCAUGGGCCCUAGCUAAAGGUGGAUAGGUAGAUUACUGUUGGUGGAGAGUUGUGUAACUGUUCCCACCUCCAAGCUACAUAACUAUCCCCAAGCUUUUUAGUUUAUGUAGGUUUUGCCUUCUGCACAGCACAGCUUUUCUUCUGAAUAGGUCUACUUGAGAUCUGCUGAUCUAGAGCCAGUAUAACCUUAACUUUUCUGGCAGUACCAAAAUUGAUGUCACAUUUCCCCAAGUCACCAUCACUGCUGAGCACUAAUUACUAUAUGCAUAUUUGUUCUUACCCUAACACGUCUACUCUCUAAUUUCUAGAGUUUGAAGGCUUCUCUACUAUAUGAAAUUUUGCUCUAAAAUUUAGAUCAACAUAUUCAUUUUACACUUCCGAUAAACCAGAGAUGAAUCACAACUAAACUCAGGAUGCGCUAAAUUAGAUUUUAAAAUAUAUUAGAAGCUCAGCUCUCCCAUGUUUCGGUUGGACCACAUGUAAAUCUGUAUUUUAAAACAAGAUUUGGGGCCAGAUUCUCAGCCCUCCUAUGACUAUUUUAUACCUCUCCAAUGGCACAGAGAAACCAUAAAGCUGUUGGAUUCAGCCCUUUGAGGAUUCCCAUUGGAAGGGAAAUUGCUGAGUGAUGUAGAAUACUUUUGAGCAGCUCUACACCAUCCAUUAUCUCAUCCCUGGCACAGGAGCAUUCUGAUACCCCAGCUAUCCUUGGCUGCUGGAAUGGCCUCUUGGGGACUGCUCCAAGUUAUGCCAGGAGCCAUCUCCAUCGUUGGGUAAAUGUAAGGGUGACAUAAGGUCACCUUUCACUUUGAUCUUGCUCUGAGCACAGCUCCGCCCAACCAGAGAAUUUGACCCUUAAUCUUGAAGAACUUUAAAUAGAAAUGUAAACAAAAAUGAAAAAUAAUGUAGAGACUGUAAUUCUACUUGCAAUCAAUGUUCAUCUAUUCAUUUUUUUUUACUCACCUUCUUUGGGAACUAUGAAACCUGGUAAAACUGAAACCACACGAAGUCAAAUAGAUUACAUUUCUGCAGCAAAACACAGAAUUUAAAGACAGGAACGAAGACAAUAUUGUAAAGUUAAUUCCAAUAAGGUCACAUGAAUCUCCCCCGAAAUGUUUUAAAUAUGUGAAUAUUCAUUAUUCCGUCACUGCCUUUUUGCAGCCUGCCAGCUAAAUAAAUGCCUGUAAUGAUGUAUACAUUAUAUUCAGUGUCCAGAGGGCUAAGCAGUCUGUUUUCCCCUAAUGAAUAUCUAUCCUCUUUAUUAAUUUCCAACCAAAAGCAAAACACAAUUUACACAUUAUAAGAUGUGAAAAAUGUACAAUAACAUAAGCGUUCCACUUAACAAACCCAUUACAGUCAUAAGUGCAUAGCUCCCAUUAACCUUAAAGGCAUCUACUUAAAUGUGACUCUCAAGUGAGAAUAAACUGUAGAGAUUUAAGAUAACACUGAUUUUGCUUUUUUGUAUAUUUCCAACUGUGGAAAGAGGGGACCCCCAUCCCUUUUCUAGUUUUGUGGUUAUGUCUUGCCCCGCCUCCCCCAGUAUAAAAUCUUCAGGAAAAUUAAUUUAAUUUCCAAGAUACUAGUCAUUUAGAUGUGCUUAACAUUUUUGAGGUAUCACUUGAGGUAGUGAUACUUCAUCAGCUAAAUACAAAUGAGAGAGGUAAAACGUUCCGGGAAGCUACAGUAAAAGUUGGCCAGUCUGCCUCCACUUAAUGCUAAUGAGACAGUUUCUUGUAAAAAUUCCAACUUGAUAGAAACUACAGGAGGUAGCAUGGUUCAUUAGGCUACAAAAGCUGUAAAAUGAUAAAAGGACUGGUUUUCCUCCCUCAUUUCAAGUGAUUUGCUAAAAGCACUGGGAUGUUCCACUGUGGAACUUUGAAUUCACUAUUCCCUUCAUUAAUUUUGACCUUUUUACAUUUAGAAAAAAGUUAACUUUAGGGUAAGCCACUGUACAUUCCCUUCCCCCCAGCAACUGGAAAUGUCUUUAAAACUGAAGAGACUAUAUGAGUUUAGUACAGUAAUGCAACGGGACUUGUUUUCCAACAAUUUUCUGCCUAUAAAUGAAGAUAAUGUGUUAAAAAUUAAAGAAUGUAAAUUGCAUUUGAACAUGUUUAAAUUGCCUUUAACCACACUGUAUAAAUCUGUUGGAUCUUUUUACCCGUUUGCUCAGUUGGAAUAGAAAAACAAACUGGAUUAUGCUAGUUCUGUGACCUGACAUCCUGCCUAAAACACACUUGAGCAGUGACCUAAGAAAAAUGUGGUCAAUGGCUCUUCUAUAGAUACUCCUUUAGAAAGUGAUGCCUUUGAUUUUAAGCUGCUUUAGCUGGUGUCUGUCAAAAAUUCUCUCAUUGCUUUCAGUGAUCUGGAAAAUAAGCUUGCAAGCCAGCCAUGUGGAGUUCAGGAUAAUUUAAAAUAAUAAAAAAAAAUUACACGGCAUAGUUGACACAUUCUUCUGAAGUUUUAUUCUAAGACAUUUCCAUAAAUAGUAUCUUAUGCCAUAGUUAAUCAAGCAGACAUGCUUAAACCACAGGUGAGCAAAAAGCUUGAUUAUUAUUUUUAAGAUUUAAUGAAACCAUCCUAUAGGCAUGAAAACAGGAGAAUCCCACAGAAGCUGUUUUAUCCAUAAAGCGUUGUUUAGUUGUAAAUCAGUGUUGUGGUGUUGUUACAAGUAUUCAGGUCUUUGUGGUGACUAAAGCAGAUUGGAAAAUGUUAAUGAAGGCAAAGUUUUGGCAAAAAAUUAGAACUGAAAUUUUUCACAAUUCCCUCCCCUUGUUUUCUGACCAAUUCUAGUGGUGACAACAUACGUAGAGAGCCAAAUACAGUUCACCUGACUCACUCAUGGCCUGCGCCUGCUCCCAUUGAAGUUUGGCAUUGAUUUUAAUGGGAGCGUGAUUAGGUCCUGACUGACCUCAAUGAAUCAGGUUCCAUUCAUGUGAGAAGGAUUUGGCCUACAAUAUAAUAUCCAUCAGGUGGCACUAUUAGAGGUGAAAAAUAUGUGCUACCAUUUCCAAAGUCGGGUAUCAAAAAUUAGGCACCUGAAUAAAAAUAUUCUGAUUUUUUUUCCUGAGGUGCUGUGUGCUCUCAAUUGAUUUUGAAAACAGCAAGAAUUUUGAGUGCUCAGCAUCUCUGAUUAUCAGGCAAUGUGUUCAGAGACCUACAUAUGGACUUAGAUUUUUAACAUUAGGCACCCAAGUUUGCAAGUUGCGCCCAGAAUAUUUUUUGUUGCAAAUCAACAAGUAGCAAGCUGCUCUGUUGCAGUUCUUUAUUCAAGUCAUAUGGGGUGGGGGAGGUUACACAUUAGUUUGAUUACAAAGCUGCUAAGGUAAGCGUCUAUGCUCUGAAUUGUUGUUGUUAAGAGAUAGUACAGUGGGGUACAAGACAAUCUCUCCUGACUAGAGCAGGAGACUGGGAGCUCCAUUCUAAGCUAUUAGAAUACUUCCCUCCCAUAGAUUCAUAGAUUCUAGGACUGGAAGGGACCUCGAGAGGUCAUCGAGUCCAGUCCCCUGCCCACAUGGCAGGACCAAUAUACGUUGUGAGACUUAAUUAAAGAGGAGCUGCUCCUAAGAUGUGCUGUGGACCCACAAUUGCCAGUGAAAUUCAGUGAGAGCUCAGUAUCUUUCAGUCUCAAGUCCUUAAUGUCUGGAAAGUCCUUUGAGGUCCUGGGAUGAAAGAUGCUAUAGAAGUGCAUAUUAUUCUUAUGUAGUCUGCGUCCUAUGAAGUGACUAGAAUUAAAAUUAUUAAUUGGGGAUGAGUUAACCUCAAAAGGUUCAGGGGGUUGAUUUGCAUAAUCAUCCAAAAUAAUCUUAUCUAUUAUAUAUGCACAAAUAGGCUGAAAAUACUGUAGAAAAUAGGUUACCAGGCACAAUUUUUGAUACUUCAUCUUUCAAUUCAGAGCAAGCAGCUUUUCUCAGAGUAUUUUGGCAUUUUAGGUCUUGUAAGAAGCAGGAAGAGCAAAGCCAGGUGAAAAUUAAACUAAAUGGGGGAAUAUUAAGUUAAUUAGAUUUUUUUCAAAAUUUGAUAUUCAGUUUGAGUCAUUUAUAAUUUCAUCCAUCUCAGUUUACCCUUCCUUGCUGUAAAAAAAGUGUAGGGAUUUUGUUUGAUUUAGUAAAAAUACAUUUAUUUAAGAUCAUAUCACUCUGUGUUACCACUCAUACACCUUUAACCAGAUCUCAUUCCUGUUUUUAAAAACUUAGCAAUUUUACCUUACUAACUGAAUAAGGUUAGUGUAGUAUUUGCAAUAUUCCCUAAGAAUUCACUAUACUAAGCCUAGCAAAUGCAAGAAGUAGCGUUAUCUAACUCUCAGUGACAAAAUCGGAAUGUUUUUAUGGGCAGCUACUGUAGCAUGGAUUCGUGACAGAAGGGGCCAGGUCCUCAGCUGUCAGCUAUGUUAAUUUACACCACUUGAAGAUCUGGCCUUAAAUUUUAUAGUAAACCUCAGCAAUAAACAACUUUGAACUGCAGUCACUCUUGCAUGUGCCAGGAGGUAUAAAAUUAGUCUUCAUGUGCCAGUCCGGCCUGCUGCACACUAGGGAGGAUUCACCGAGACAGGGCAGGUGGAGGUAUUGCACCCUGUCCGCUCUCUAGGUUUCCAUCCACAAAGGGCAACUUUGAUUUCUGCUAGGAGGCUGCAGAGAGUAUGCAUGAGUCAGCACAUCCCUUGGCUCUGCCCUCUUCUUCACCACCGUCACUCAUUUUUCAGGCAAUGCUAGCAUUUGCUGAACUCAGCCUUUUGCCUCUAAGACAAAUCUGAAAAAUUGAUAGGAGGAAUAGACUACUAAAGAGACAAGAAACUGGGGAUAGAAUCUUUAACCAAACCUGCUUGGAUUAUCUCAACACAGAUGCUUUGUAAUCCCUAGAUGAGAGCUAUUUUUAUCUAGUCAGUAAUACAUCAGUACCUUUUCACAGGGCCACCAAGAGGGGGGGGUGGGGCAAGUGAGGCAAUUUACCCCGGGCCCCACAGGGGCCCCCCACAAGAAUAUAGUA